CUCUUUUGCAUACCAGCUUCAUGCUUCAGAGUUCAGACACAGCUCAUUAUUCAGAUAUCAUCAACAAUGGCUCGUCCACUUCUAUUCAUCCACCCUAUGCCUAGCACCUCACAUAUUGGCUUAGCUGUUAUGACCCUCGUGUUGUGUGCCGUUGCCUUGCUCAUGUGCGCUUCUCAUUCGCGCAAAUGGCGUCAGUGGAAAGCUUGUUAUGAUGCCUUUGUCGAAGAAGAGCCGGUGAUAGAGGUCCACAACGAAGCUGUGGCAGCGACAAGCACGGGCGAGCAACAAGAAGGAGACGGUUCGCUGUGGCAGAGGAACAUACUUAUGGGUGGGAAGUGCCAGCUUCCUGAUUUCUCUGGUGUCAUAAUCUAUGACUCCAAUGGCAAUGUAGUAACCCCUCCUAAGACUUCUCGUUCAUUACUAACUUGGAAAUAGGGUUUGAAGUUUUCUGAGA